UCUGCUACAGACUGCUCGACUUGCCUAAGGCGAUUCUCUACCUCAUCGAUCAGCUCGUACUUGACUCGCCAGUCCAUCUCUAUACAGCUGGCUAAGUCGGCACGACUGCUCGCUGGUAUGCCAUUUGACGGAUUGGGCUUCUCAUUUUGUGCCAACGAUAGUCUGCUCGGUGAAGAGGUGGAGAAUGAGGAGGCGGAGGUGGAGGUGGAGGAUGAAGAUGCACGGUAG